AUGCGGCUGGGCUCUGGGGUCUUCGCCGCCUGCUGCGUGGUGAUUGAGGUGCUCGGGGUCGCCGUCUUUCUCCGGGGUUUCUUCCCGGUGUCGUUGCGCCCUGUAUCCCAGGUCCAGCCCCAGCCCCCUGCGCCGGAGCCCGCGGCAGGAACAAGUUCCAACUGGACCCAGCUCCCACCUGCUAUCUUCAGAAAAGUUAUUAUAAUGCUGGUAGACGCCUUGAGAGAUGAUUUUGUGUUUGGAUCAAAGGGUGUACAAUUCAUGCCUUAUACAACAUAUCUUAUGGAAAAAGGAUUUGCUUAUAAUUUUAUAGCAGAAGCAAAGCCUCCUACAGUCACUAUGCCUCGAAUAAAGGCUCUAAUGACAGGAAGCAUCCCUGGCUUUAUUGAUGUUGUUAUGAACUUUAAUUCUCCUGUGUUGCUAGAAGACAAUCUCAUUGGGCAGGCAAAAGCAGCUGGGAAAAGAGUAAUCUUUUAUGGAGAUGACACAUGGAUUAAGUUAUUCCCAAAGCAUUUUGUGGAAUAUGAUGGUACAACCUCUUUUUUUGUGCCAGAUUUUAAAGAGGUUGAUGAUAAUGUUACAAGGCAUUUGGAUACUGUAUUAAAAAGAGAAGACUGGGAUAUACUAAUACUUCACUACCUAGGAUUGGAUCAUAUUGGUCACUUGACUGGGCCACAUAGUUCUCUGAUAGGACCAAAGCUUAAAGAGAUGGAUUAUAUUUUAAAGAAGAUCCACAUAUCGUUGUUGUCCAAGGAAAAAGAGGCUUCUUUGCCUCAUUUAUUGGUCCUUUGUGGAGAUCAUGGGAUGUCUGAAGCAGGAGGCCAUGGAGCCUCUUCGGUAGAGGAAGUGAGCACACCUCUGCUUUUGAUCAGCUCUGCAUUUCACAGGAAAAUGGGCAACUUGCAACCUCCAAAACAUGUCCAGCAGACUGACCUGGCAGCCACAUUGGCAGUAGGCCUUGGUUUGCCGAUUCCAAAAAAUAGUGUGGGGAGCAUAUUAUAUUCAGUUGUGGAAAAAAGAACAAUGAGAGAACAGCUAAGGUACCUGCACUUAAAUUCAGUACAGCUCAGCAGACUCCUGCAAGAGAAUGUGCCAAUGUAUGAGAAAGAUCCUGGAUUUCAGCAGUUUAAAGUAUCAGAAAAGUUGCAUGGUAAUUGGAUCAAACUGUACUUGGAGGGAAAUAAUUCAGAAGUCCUUUUAAACCUUGGCAAAAAAGUUCUUAAGCAGUAUCUAGAUGCUUUGAAGACCCUGAGUAUGUCACUGAGCAAACAAGUAGCCCAGUAUGAUAUGUACUCAAUGAUGGUUGGAGCUAUCAUAGUUUUGGAGAUUACAAUUCUGCUUUUGCUCAGUACCCCAAAAGCUUUGUGCCAGAAUGCAGCGUUUGAGAUUCCACUGUCAUCUUCCUCGUUUUCUUUGCUCUUCUACUUGAUGGUCCUCAUUCUCUCUGCGGUCCAUGUCAUCAUAUGCACCUCAGCUGAGAGGACAUGUUUCUUGUGUAGUAUCUCUUGGCUGAUGGCUGUUGGGGUGAUGAUGCUGAUUUCUGCCCUGCUCUGUGUGAUUGUGGCUCUCCUCACAAGGACAUUUGAGAAUGUCAGACCUUCAGCUCAGGUGAGAUGUAAUCCAGCUGUCUCCAGUUCUGGCUGGUCAGAAUUAGAUCUGCUUAUUUUAUUUGGAACUCUUGGCCAUGUUCUGAGUUUGGGUGCGAGCAGCUUUAUAGAAGAAGAACACCAAACCUGGUAUUUUCUUAUCAAUACUCUCUGUCUUGCUCUGGGCCAUGAAAUGUUUAGAAGCCAUUUUCUUGGGAAGGAUUUGGAUCAUAAUUUAGCUGUGGAACAGGAUAUUCAGAAAGAUGCUAAGAACGUUUUACAAUACAAAAACGACUAUGUAGAUUUUCCAGAGACUAGUAAAAUAUACAAGACAUCCUCUUCUAUGGACCUACUACCAAAGGUUUAUGAAAAAUGGUUGCAAUUGGCCAGUCCAUGGUUCAUCUUGAUUUGCUGUAGACUACUCCGUACAUUAAAUCAGACAGGAGUGCAGUGGGCUCAUCGACUAGACUUUGGCCAUUGGCUGACCAGUUCUGAUCAUAAAAUUGAACUUUCUGUUCUGACAUGUCUCUCCCUUGUUAUGAUCUUUGUUCUGGUUCAGAGAAGAUGCUCCUCUGUUUCAAAAGUAGCAAUGGCACUAGGGCUCUUGGGAGUCUUUUGCUACCGAGCAGCAAUCGGAAAUGUCUUAUUGCCAUGGCAACGAGACCACAAAGCUCUUUCUAAGGGAAUUAUUGAAGCUCGUUUUGUGUAUGUCUUUGUUCUGGGUAUUCUUUUCACUGGAACCAAAGACUUGCUUAAGUCCCAAGUCAUUUCUGCAGACAUCAGUAUCAAGAGUCUAGGUUUGUGGGACAUAUAUAACGGAUUAGUUCUUCUAGCAGCCUUGUUGCUUCGGCCUCACAAUCUUCCUGUUUUGGUGUUUAGCCUCUUGAUUCAGACUGUAAUGACAAAAUUCAUCUGGAAGCCCUUAAAACAUGAUGCAGCCCAGGUUACAAUAAUGCAUUAUUGGUUUGGCCAAGCAUUCUUUUAUUUUCAGGGCAAUUCCAAUAACAUUGCCACACUGGAUAUUUCAGCAGGCUUUGUGGGACUAGAGAGUUUUAUAGAAGUACCAGCUCUUUUCCUUACAGUCUUUGCAACAUAUAUCGGACCUAUCCUUUGGGCUGUUCACUUACUAAGUUUUUUGAGUUCAGAAAAUAACAGCUCAGCAAUAAGUCAUGCCUCUUUCUGCUAUGCAUUGAUAUGUUCCAUCCCUGUGUCCGUGUACAUCAUCCUGGUGACAUCCCUACGUUAUCAUUUAUUUAUAUGGAGUGUGUUUUCUCCAAAACUUCUCUAUGAGGGAGUGCAUCUAUUCAUCACAGCUACCAUUUGUGUAUUUUUCAUACUUAUGGAUCAAACCAAUUUCAUAAAACCUUAGUCUAUUAAAUAUGCCAGGAAAGUACUAUACUUUUUAAAAAGCCUAUGAAUUGCCUACUGGAUUUGAGAAAUGGAAGAAACAUUUAACUACUAAGAAGAUCAUUCUAGAAAAAGAUAUUCCUGGCUUAUGAAUCUGCCUGUUGUUUUUUUUUUUUUUAAAUCUUCAACUUCUUCGACUCCUGUAUUGAAUUUAGAUUUACUGUAAGUGAUUUUUUUGUGUGUGAUUGAUAUGGGGGAAGAACUGGACAGGGGAGGGGGGAAGGGGAGGAGAGAAGGAACUCUUCAACCAUUUAAAAAGUACUUAUUUUGUUUCAAAAUAUUAAAUUUUAUUAUAAACCAUGACCAUUUUUCCUUAAUGAGUCAUUCAAAUAAUUUCAUCCAAUCACAUUAUAAAUAUAAUUCAGAUUUUUGUUUGUUAAUGAAUGACAAUUUUUUAAAAAUUUCAACUUUUACCCAAAAACUUGAUGUACUUGAUUCUGAGGGACUUAAAAAAUGGAGGAAGAAGAGGCACCUAGAUAGAGCACCUGGCCUGGAGUUGAG